AUGGCUGCCAGAACAAACGUUUUGGCGUUUGACGGUGGAGGCACGAGAGGAUUAACUUCCCUUCUCAUCCUACAGGCAAUCAUGCAUCAACUCAACAUUAUUCUGGGCAUUUCAGGGAAGACUCUGGUACCACGGGACAUAUUCGAUGCGAUCUGUGGCACAAGCACUGGAGGCCUCAUUGCCAUCAUGUUGGGCCGGUUCGGCAUGAGUGUCGAGGAAUGCAUCAAACAGUACGACUCCCUGGCACAAAGGAUCUUUAGCAAGCGGAAAUGGGCCGGGUAUCUCACCAAGAACCUGCUCGGCGACAAAUAUAGCAGCAAGCCGCUACGGCAAUGUGUCAAAGAACUGGCGGAGAUGUAUGCCGAUAAAGGAGAUGCCUCCAUGCGCUGCGAGCCCGACGUUCGCAAGAUCCCAUGCACAGUUAUCACCUGCCGCCUACAUCCUAAGACUCGGGAGCCAAUGAAUGAGCCCACAUUCCUCUGCAGUCACACAUGCGAAUCGGGUUUGGAAGCCCUGAUUUGGGAGGCCGCUCACGCUACCACCGCCGCACCCACCUAUUUCGGGGAUUGCUGGAUAGAAGCGGCCCAGGGUUCAUACAUCGAUGGAGGUGUUGGGUACAACAACCCCACCUAUUCAACAUAUAACCAUUAUAGCGACGAGGCCGCUCGAAACUUAGAACCCAAAGCCAGAGGGGUUGUUUCUGAACGCUACCGUUUCGUCAGCAUUGGAACAGGUCAAAGAUCGGAGAAGGAAGCAGACACCGGUCCGCAAUCCAAGACAGCAGUCAAGCGGCCUCGUCGAGGGUUUCGAGCAAUUGUCAGAUCCCGAAUUGGUCUGUUCAAGGUGCUUGUUCACAAUACAACACGCUCAGACAAGGACGACGGUCUCAUCAGGGCCCUGGGGGACGCGAUCGACUACGUCCGCCUCGAGGGGGCGAAAGGGGUGCAUAAGUUUCCUCUAGAUGCAAGUGAUCCGACCAGCAUGGCAAGAAUGCGCAAGCUCACCGAGGAAUGGAUCGCUUCCGCAGAGGGUAAGCAUCAAAUUGGUCAGGCCGCCAGCAAGCUGGCCGAGCACUAUGAGUCGAGGUGGGCUAGUCCGAGUCUGCCAUCUCCUUCAGGUAGUGUCGACGGACUUGGCCUUGACAUUUCCCAGAGCCACGACCAGCGUCUCACCUCUUUGCUGUCAAGAGAGCCCAUACUUGCCACGCCAGAACAUAGUGAUCCAGCUCUCAAUGCGCGGCUGGAUUUCACUCCGGCCUCGAAUCCAACGUCGUCGCCAACAACCUCGCCCAGACAACCAACGCCGGACCUUACCCAGGCUGCAACAGCAACACAAGGAGCACGCACAGGAUCAUUCCGCUCCAGUGGAGAGGAGGAUAACGAAGGCAGAACCCCUGUGCAGCCCCUGUCCACCACCAAGACUGAAAUUGCAAUCGGCCAACUGUUUGAAGAUUGCGGAGCAGGGAAAGAAGGCAGCUCCCUGGGGGCCACAGACUCGGACACUGUCUUCAUCGAGAUUGAAGGACAAACGAGGCACGGAAUUAAGCAAACCGCUUAA